AUGCAAUUCCUCUCUCAAUCCUUGACCACCUCCGACUAUAUUCUUGCCUCAAUCAAGUCACCUGGCGUCAUGACCACCCUUGUCUCUGCCAUUCGGGCUGGCGGCCCGCAACGGCUCAGAGAUAUGUUCGGAAAAACGGCCGAGAACACAGCCGCCGUGGAGCUGGAAGUCAUGUCGUCCACCUCUAGAGAGGUGGGUGAGCUCUACAACGGGAGAGAGGUGGUUCGCUGCCUCGGGCAAGCCCCUAUUUGGGAGUUCAUCUACUUGAUUCCUGAUAAACUCCUGCCUGAGACAACGAAGACCAAAGAGAUGAGCAUGAAGGAGGCUGUCGACCAAGGUUAUAUGAGAAUGGCUGUCAUUGUCAGAAUCGUUCGACCUGAAGCGCCCAACAUUUCUCUCAAUCGGUCCAAGAAUACUGGGCGAGGCGAGCUACGUUUUGCCGCUGGUGUUGCCAUCUUUUUGUUCCUAUUGUUCUCCCUAUGUUCCUACCUCAUCACCUGCCAUCCCGAGAUAUCGCUUACAUUCCUCAAAGACGGAUCUCCCGUUCCUCCCUAUGCCUUUGCGUGUACCUUCUUCGGCUCACUGUUCUCGGAUUUCAGCUCAUACAUAUCCGCUUAUGUCAUAGGGAGCAGCACAAAGGAGGAAAUAUUCCAACCGGCCAAGAAUUGGCGAGCGAGGAUGGUAUGGGUACAGGGAGAGAAGAUUGUGGGUGAUCAAGAGUUCAAGCCAUUUGCCAUCUUCUCGGGAGAAGAUCAACCCAACAUCAUCACUUCGAGCAGAGUCGACGACAACCAAGGUCCUGGCUAUAUUCGGCGUCAUUUGGAGAACCUCACUUACAGGGGAGCCGUCUUGAACAUGAUCGGCUCCGCUCUCCAGGCUGUUGGCUUCCGAGCAUCACAUUGUUCUGUCUCAAUUCUUUAUCUCAUUGUGGUGUUGAUAAUGCUCAUUGUGAAGAUGGUGGUUCGUCGUGGACGAUCAAGACCCAUUUUCUCUCGAGCCAUUAUUCCAGGAUUUCAGUUCGCCUGGCUUGCGGACUCUUUGAGAGAU